AUGGCGUUUCUGCUUUCAAGGAUGGGUUUUCCGCUGUGGAGUGGGAUAUGUCUCAUAGUCAGUACCACCCCCGCAAAUACCAUUGUUGGGAAUGAGACUGAUCGCCUUGCAUUGCUCGCCAUCAAGACAAAGAUAACACAAGACCCUCCUGGGGUUGUGAACUCAUGGAACAAUUCUUACCAUUUCUUUGAGUGGAAAGGUGUUAGAUGCGGUCACUGGCACAAGAGAGUCACCAUUAUAGACUUACAAUCCGGAGAUCUAGUUGGUUCCUUGUCUCCUCACAUUGGGAAUCUCAGCUUCCUUCACGAGUUGAGGCUCAAUAACAACACUUUUCGUGGUGAAAUCCUAGCUGAAAUUGGAAAUCUGUUCAGGCUUCAAAAACUGAACCUGAGCAUAAACAAUUUUGAAGGAGAAAUUCCGGCCAACCUUUCUCGCUGCUCAAACCUCACAUACCUUGGUGUAGGUUCCAACAAUCUAGUCGGAAAAUUCCCCGAAGCGCUCACUCCAUUGUCAAAGCUCAUAUACCUUGGAAUUCACUUGAACAAUUUGACAGGAGGUAUUCCUCCAUUCAUUGGGAAUCUUACUUCUCUCGUAAGAAUUUCUGCUUCUUAUAAUCCUUUUGGUGAAAAAUCUAAAUUUCCUUGGAUUGGGCGUUACUCAACUCUCUAG